GCAGACGCGUCUGUAAUUGACAAUAUCUAGCUUAACCUAGCAGCAUGUUGGCUCGUGGUACCCUAUGUCUCGUCUUGCUUUCUCUUCCUGCGGCUUUCUCCGAGAUCUACAGUUCAAUUGAAUCGGUGAAAAAUGCCUGGGUACGGGAGAAAGUGGCACUCCAAGACGCGCUCGAUUUCUUGAACGGAUUCGAUGUAUCCAGUAUUCCCACUCCGUACAACAUCCAUUCGCUUGACGGGUUCAAACGCUUCAUCGCAGAAACAAAUGAAACCCACAUGACAUAUGACGAGGAAGACUCCAUGGAGGCGUAUCUAAGACACCCCAUUCAUAUCUAUCACUUCAUCAAGCGCUGUGUGGACGAUUGGAGAUUUCAUACCCAGCACUUGUUAUACAUCUCAGAAGAAAAACAUGUAAUGGAUUACGUGGAUAGACUCAAUGAUAUGUUCGAACAGGACAACCUCUGGCCAAGAAGGGGCGACUUGACUGCUGCUUCCUUGGGUUUGAUACGGUUACAUCGGACCUACGAGUUCAGCUUUGACGAGAUGGCUGGCGGAAACAUAAAUGGGAUUCCAUCGGAGCCCCUUACGGUUGAGGAUAUGUAUAACAUAGCCUUGGUUGGGGUGGACAACUGGAGGCCCUGGUCAGCUUUGAAGUGGAUCCUCGCGGUGUCUCAACGACUGAGGGCGGGUGAGGUCGGUGGACCGAGCGCGACCAGUUAUGAAAAGGUGCGGCUGAAGUUGGCGGAACUUUUCGAUAAGUUUGGUAACUACCACUUGGCCGCACGGGCAGCGGAAACAAUACCUAGGACAGACGCAGAGAGGGAAUUCUUCAAAGAGUUAAUAACAUACUAUAAGAACAGGAACGCUACGAACUCGUCAAACAAUAUCGUACCUCAUAAGCAGUUUUCCACCGUACACAGCACUUAUGAAAGGUAUUGCAGAGGAGACAUUCCGGAGAAGCCAGCGAAUGUCACCCAGCAUCUCCGCUGCUUCACCAGACCCUCGGCCGUUCCUUAUCAUUUGGCCAAGAUCGAGGUCCUCCACAUCAACCCUAACAUCUACAUGUUUCACGAUGUCGUAUACGAGGGCGAGCAACAGGAAAUAAAGCAAAUGGCCAAAGAACGUCUCGUGCGAUCCACAGUGGCUGCGGCAGAAGGAUUUUCAAGAAUUGCGGAUUACCGGAUAAGCGAAACUGCCUGGCUGGACAAGGAAGAAGAUACAGUCCUCCCUAAAGUGUUCAAACGAGUCCAGCAGCUUUCGGGAUUUAGAGUAGAUGAGCUGGACGGAAAACCUGGCUCAGAGAACCUGCAGGUUCUCAACUAUGGUAUCGGAGGCAUGUACGGCCCACACGCAGAUUUCUUGCGAAAAUACCCUGAUGAGAAAUUCUAUCUCAAUAAAGGCGAGGGGGACGAUGAGAUGAGUCAAAUUGGAGACAGAAUUGCCACGUGGAUGUUCUACCUAAACGACGUCGAGUAUGGUGGCGCCACUGUCUUCCCAAUUGCGGGUGCACGCGUCUUGCCUGUGAAGGGGAGCGCAACACUCUGGUACAACCUUAACAGAGAUGGCGACCCUGAUGUACGGACACUCCACGCUGGUUGCCCGGUGGCUAUAGGGUCCAAAUGGCUUGGAAAUAUAUGGUUUCGAUAUAAUCAACAAGCCUUCAAUAAGCGUUGCCUGCCGGGUAAUGAACAUGCUCUCUAGUCUAGGGUCUCAGCAGGUGGACUGACGAUGCCGAAGAAAGAUUACAAUUCUAAAGAUGAAGCAAAAACACUCAUAUGUUUAAUAAUAAAAUCGAAUUUCCCUGACUAACGA